CAGUUGUAGGUGAGACUGACUUCAGCACUCUGGCAGGUAUGACAGCUAAACAGAAUUUCUUCGGAUUCAAUUCAAAGCACUCCGCGUCUUGACGAAAACAAACCGGACUUUACGCAGCAAGCAAAUUGGAUAGGUAAUAUAAAGCGGAAAAUACUUCCAAGACAAUGAAGUUAGAGGUGUUGUGUGGAAGCCACUAUAACACGAAGCAUUUGGAGAUAUCCAAGGAUGCAGAGGGGAGUGGGUGCUCUCCCCUUUCUGUCGAGGAGGAGCUGGGCUCGGAUGGAGACUGCGUUGCGCACAGUCCUGCACCUGUUACUCCCUGCAACAGCGGCAAAUCCAAACCGUACACUCGGAGAUCCAAACCCCCAUUCUCGUACAUCGCCCUCAUCGCCAUGGCUAUCCGGGACUCCCCCGCUGGAAGUCUGACUCUGGCCGAAAUAAACGACUAUCUGAUGAAAAGAUUUCCCUUCUUCAGAGGCAGCUACACCGGCUGGAGGAACUCGGUUCGACACAACCUGUCCCUGAAUGACUGCUUCCUCAAAGUGCUCCGUGACCCGUCCAGACCUUGGGGAAAGGAUAAUUAUUGGAUGCUCAAUCCCCACAGCGAGUACACCUUUGCUGAUGGGGUGUUCCGGCGCAGAAGAAAGCGCAUUGAUAAAAAAAUAAACAGAGAGCCAGAGGUGUCAGCAGAGGAGCCGCAGAGCAUUCAGCAGACUGCAUCCGCCACCAAGACUGAUUCACGCGUCAAAUUUACAAGUUCCUUUGCAAUAGACAGCAUCCUCAGCAAACCGUUCAAGAGAGACUCAAACACGGGAUAUUUACCUCACCCCCCUGCCCCCACCUGGCCGCGCUACACUGGACUAAUGUUGUCUCAUUUAAAUACACCUGCCUCGUUUUCAUACGUCAAGUCAGCCUGCUACAUGCACUCCUUUUCUGCGCAUGUGCCAAACGGCUGUGAGUGCAUACUGGCUUCACAGAGAGUUUUGCAAAAUCAGAAAUAAAUAAAAAGCAUCAUUGUGGACUGAUGAUGCACAAAGGAUGGUUAACAUAUGACUUUAUUGUAAUGCCAAGGUGUUACAGAAUGUUUGUACUUCUCUAAGCAUUAUCUGAUGUGAUGCUUUAUACACAAUUGUUUGUUAUAAAUGUUACUGAACUGUUAGAAACACUUUGACUGUUGCGUGUUUUUCUAAAAUAAAAGUAUGCUCUUUACAAUGAAAUAAAAAUCUCACCGUCUGCUUUUUA